GUAGACUACUUAAACACAUUUCUUUCACUACCGGUGUUUGGAAAAUGGUUAUCCUACAAUCGAGCAGAAGACUAUUUCAGUAUUUUCCCUCCCCCUCCAAGAACACGUUAUCAUUUACCAGUGUAUCGAAUCAAAAAAUGGGUGCAUAAGGAAAGAAUGCCAUUUUUUUGGAAAACAGAUCUAUCCCUUGCGUACUUGUUAUGUGUUAAGCUUCACGAUGCUACUGAUCAUACAAGUACGUCAGUGAACGGAAAUGAAGCCAGGACCUUUCUACGCACCGUAGACGACAUGCGCAAGUUGCAUUUGUUUCUGCGCGGCACAGCAGGGCAGAGAAUCUUAAUGUUUUGGAUAGACGUCGAGCGAUAUCGCAGGGUGACAAGGAAAGAACAUAGGAGGUUCAGCUUCCGAAAGAUUCAGGCUAAAUAUCUACGAAGCGGAUCUCCUUGGGAACUCCCAGAGAUCAUGAAGUGGACGAGUUUAUGCGGGGUUAGCCGCCAAGGAGAGCGAAACUCCUCUUUUCAAAUUCCAAAGAGCAUCACAAAACAAAUGCAUCUUUCUGAUUCCUCAAUAUUUUCCGAAAAUGUUUUUCUUCCCGUGCAGAAGAUGGCCUUGGAGCGUUUGAGCAGUUACUGGCUACCGACGUUCAUACAGCAUAGGAAAAUUAUUUUAAAAGUGAUCGCUGAAAAGCGAGGCAUUUCAAUAACGGAGUUAAGAUUGCAAAACAGAAACACCACCCCAAUUCUUGAAGAGAAUGAUGAGCUUUCAAGUACCAGCUCUGAGCAAGACAGCGAUGAUUCCUUUUUGGAGCUUCGUGCUGUUUCCUCCUCCGAGAGGAGAGAGGAGAAACUGGAAGAAUGGAGAAAAUGGUUUUGGGCGGGAGUCGACGAUCCCAUCGAAGGUGGACAUGAAAUUAUGCCGCCACAUGAUAUGCCAAUGGAGCUACGACGAGCAGGCGGGAUAAGAGGGCACGAGGAAAUCAGUUCAGCUCCACCAUCUUCAAGUCCGCUCCCUGAGGAGGAAGAAGCUAGGCUUGCGGCAAGUUCGUCGGAUACCGAAGGUCUCAAAGGCAGAAGUCGGUCGUUUUCUUACGUUACAAGAUUCCGCCAAAUUCCAUCUCUCAAGGACUUGCCUACUUUGGAUACUGCUAAUGAUUUCAAAGGCUUCAGUCGGUCGUUUACUUACGGUACAAGAUUCCACCCUGUUCUAUCUCCCACGGACUUGUCCGCUUCAGAUCCUGCACUAUCAACCUAUGGCAACGAUAGAUGGUAUAAAAUGGAAAAUACCGGCGAGGAAGAAGAUGAAUCAGAAAUCGUUGAUCCCGAGCCAAAAUCACUCGUUUCUCUUCCCAUGCCUCACCCUCCUUUCGCCAAAAUGCCUUCAUCAGCGCCUAGGAAGCUUAAGACUUUGUACGAGGCCCUAGCAUCAGAAAGAAACAGCAUCACCGAGGAACAUGACAAGGAACUUUACGAAUCAUCAGCAAAGAGCACCUCAUCAAGCAGGUCCAAAUCAGUGACAACUCAACUGACUGUUUGCGCAGCCCUUCAACAAGCUUCCGCCUCGUAUUUAAUUCCGUUUGAGGAAACUGGGAACGAAACAGCAUCAGCCGUUGUGAAACCGUGUGUUUUAUACCCCAGGGAUUCAAAUGGAGAACCCUUUAUUAUCCCGCAGGCUAACAUAGAUAUGAAUCUGACAACAUCAUUAGCCGUAACUGCAGACAAACUGGCCGGCGGACCUCUCCGUGAAUAUUUAAAGAAAACGCGGGAAGAAACAGCUCUCAGGUGUCUUCAGUUUUGGGAAGAUUCUCAAGAGUAUUUGUCACUUAGGAAUGAUUUUUGUAGCUCUAGCAAAUACCAUUUGGGAAAGACACUAAUUGCCACCUAUAUCGCCCCCGAUUCCCCGAGAAAAGUAGAAAUGAGCCCACAGACUAGGGCUGAUUUAAUGCGGCUUCUUCCUCUACAACGUGGUAGUCAAUUGUUGUCCUCUGUGUUGGAAGCGUCCUUGCAGACUGUCACUUUACCUUGGAGUGAAUUUACCCAAUCUGACGAAGAUCAUUUUAUUCAUUUUGCGGGAGUUCCAAGGAAGAGCGGAAGGAAGAAAAGAGAAGUCAAACCGGAUGUGAAAAAUGCCAGACUGUGGGUGACCAACUGCUCUAAGACACAACAUGCCUUUUCAUUGGCCGUUGGGCUUGGAUUUUCUGGUUUUUCUUAUGGUCUCGACGACGAUGAUGAAGAUGAACAAGAGGCACACGAGGAGAACUUUGAAAUUCCAAGUCUGAAGGAUCAACAACAGGCGGGGAACAUACAACAGAACAUGAGGGCCUCACACUUCUACGGUCCCGUGACCAAGGUGGGAGGAGACGCAUCUGAGGAGAGAGGGUUUGGUGAAGGAAAACACGUCAGACCACCGAGACCGAGAUGCUUAAACGAUGUCUUGCACAGCAACCUACAGAUUAUAUGGUUCAAACGUUACUUAUCCGACAAACAAAGCGAGGCUCCUCUCAUGUUCUGGCAGGCGGUCGAACACAUGAGAUCAAACUGCAAGGACGGAAAGGCUCGGCAAACCAGGGCUACAAUCAUAACGAAAAAAUACUUCAUCAACAUUCCGAAAACCCCUGCUGAGUAUUUACAUUGCAAUGCUGAAAUCAUCCGGGACAUUCCGAUAUUAGACAAAGUGACUCCUGCGAUGCUUAUCUCGGCCCAGGCCUGCGUGGCAAGAUCAAUGGAGGAAAACUGGUAUGCUGACUUUGUGGAAACGUUCCCAGAAGAUGAAGUGGAAGAGGAGAAUCUUACCAAGUAUGCCAUGAGAAACACGCUCGCUGGAGUUUACAAGAUGGCUGCUCACGGGAAAACGAAAGGGAUGUGGGUCAUGUUUGCUCAUAGCAUCAUAUGUUUCCAGAAAGGAAUUCAUCAUGCUCACUCUCUCCGCGAGUUUCAAGCAUUCCUGAAAAAGGAAUCAAAGGCCACUCUGGAACACAACCUCCGCCGUCAUGCAUUGCACCCCACUGGGCAAGUGGUAAAUAAGCAGUUUGUAUAUACUGACCGAUUAGUAAGUGACUUGGAGUUCUGGAUGGAGGUUGAACGCUUUAAAAAUCAGGUGGAUAAUGCUGCCGCAUGUGCGAGGUCUGGGAACUACACACUGGAAGAUGAGAAUCUACUUCUGGACAAAGCUCGCACUAUUGUGAAGUGUUUCAUAAAUUCGGACUUUCCCCCAAGAAUACAGAUCAACAUCACGCGCGAUUUAGCGGAAAACAUUGUGGGUUUGGUUCUAAAUGGGAUCGUAGAAAGAGGUUUGUUUCAUGAGGCAGCUCUUCAGGUCUUCACUCCGCUCAUCUUCUUGUGGAAAAAACAUUCAGCAGAACUAAUCUCCCAACCGACAAACGCACAGAAGUUUGCCACCCCUGUUAAAAGAGCUACUUCAAGAAAACGAAUCAUGUCGAUAAUCGGUGGAAUGCCUUACAGAAAAAUGUACGCAGCAAAUGAGGACGAGAUACACUGGUCAUUCACACUAAGCCAUGGUCUCCGCCUCACCAUGCCUCUCAGGUUCGUGAUAGCGAGGCGUGUCGUCACCCAAACGGGUCGACAGUCUGAUAAUGGUUCGAAAGCCUCGCUCCAUGGACCUACACUAUAAAAACUAAAACCAAAAUCUAGAGUGUGUUGAAAUAAACAAGUUAUCGUA